AUGGAGAGGCCUCUUCGUCUUGCAUCACAACACUCCAUUUCUGUUAUAGCAAUUAAUGGAGGGAGAAGGCAAAGCUGAAGGAGAGGAAGCCAAAGGACAUGGCCAUGGAUCAGUCUUCUUAUUUGCAGAUUGGGUGGACGUUGUGCUGAUGGUGAUGGGAACCGCGGGAGCUGUGGGAGAUGGAUGCUCGGUCAAUUGCCUUCUUCUCUUCGCCAGCGGAGUCAUGAACAGCUUAGGCUACGGCAAGGCUCACAGCUCUGGCCUUCUUGACCAUGCAGAUUUCAUGAAGGACGUAGAGAAGUAUUGCUUGUACUUUGUGUACUUGGGAUUGGCAGUGCUGCUGGUGGCCUUUUUGGAAGGGUAUUGUUGGAGCAAAACGAGUGAGAGGCAGGUGCUGAGGAUCAGACACAAGUAUUUGGAAGCUAUUCUGAGACAAGAGGUUGCAUUCUUUGAUUCACAAGAGGCAACAACAGCAGAGAUCAUUAACAGUAUCUCAAAGGACACUUCUCUAAUUCAAGAAGUGCUAAGUGAGAAGGUGCCGCUUUUCAUCAUGCACUCUUCCACCUUCGUCUCCGGCCUCGUCUUCUCCACCUACUUCUCCUGGAGGCUCUCCUUGGUGGCGCUUCCCCUCGUCCUCCUCCUCAUCAUCCCCGGCCUCAUCUACGGCAAGUACCUCCUCUACCUCUCCCGCAGGUCCCGCGAGGCAUACGGCAAAGCCAACGCCAUCGCCGAGCAGGCGCUCAGCUCCGUCAAGACCAUCUAUUCCUUCACCGCCGAGAAGAGCAUCGUGGAGAGGUACGCCGGCAUCUUGGACAUGACCGUGAAGCUAGGCAUCAAGCAGGGCGUCGCCAAGGGACUCGCAGUGGGAAGCACGGGCUUGUCCUUCGCCAUCUGGGCCUUCCUUGCUUGGUAUGGGAGCAGGCUGGUGAUGUACCAUGGAGAGAGCGGUGGCCGGAUUUAUGCAGCCGGGAUUUCCUUCGUUUUGGGCGGAUUAUCUCUGGGCAUGGCGCUGCCUGAGGUGAAGCACUUGACGGAGGCAUCGGUGGCGACGAAGAGAAUAGUCGAGAGGAUCAACAGACGACCGCGGAUCGAUGCGGAGGAUCAGAAGGGGUUGAGAAUGGAGGAGAUGCAUGGCGAGGUGGAGUUCGAGGGCGUCCGGUUCGCGUACCCUUCGCGGCCGGAGGCCGCCGUGCUUAGGGACUUCAGCCUCCGGGUCCCGGCGGGGCAGACGGUGGCGUUGGUAGGCACCAGCGGGAGCGGCAAGUCGACCGCAAUCGCGCUGCUGCAGCGGUUCUACGACGUGGACGCCGGCGAGGUGAGGGUCGACGGCGUGGACAUCAGGAAGCUGCAGCUGAGGUGGAUCAGAGGAAAGAUGGGGCUAGUGAGCCAAGACCAUGCUCUCUUCGGGACGUCGAUCAAGGAGAAUAUUCUGAUGGGGAAGCCCGGAGCCACCGCCACGGAGAUGUACGCCGCCGCCAUGACUGCGAAUGCUCACAACUUCAUCCGGCAAUUGCCGGAGGGAUACGAGACCAAGAUCGGGGAGAGAGGCGCGCUUCUAUCCGGCGGCCAGAAGCAGCGGAUCGCCAUCGCCAGAGCAGUCAUCAAGAAUCCUGUCAUUCUUCUUCUCGAUGAAGCCACCAGCGCGCUCGACUCCGAAUCGGAGAAGCUGGUCCAGAACGCCCUCGAUCAAGCCUCCAUGGGAAGAACAACACUGGUGGUCGCUCACAAGCUGUCCACGAUCAAGAACGCCGACCAAAUUGCGGUGGUCGAUUCCGGAAGGAUCGUCGAGAUCGGCACCCACGACGAGCUCAUCGCUCAGAGUAACAGCCACUACUCGCGCCUGGUGAAGCUGCAGAGGAUUUCGAGCAAUCUCGAUCCGGAGCCGGAAUCCUUCCGCCCUUCCUCCGUCGCGAGGAGCAGCGCGAGCCGCCUCAGCGUCACAAAAGCCAGCCCCUCUUCCUUCUCGGCCUUCUCCGAGGAGCAAUCUACCAUCGCCGCCACCGCCCCUGCGCCAUCCUUCUCCCGGCUCCUUGCGAUGAACGCGCCCGAGUGGAAGCAGGCCGUCGUCGGCAGCCUCUCCGCCAUCGUAUUUGGCUCCAUACAGCCCAUCUACGCGCUCUCGAUCGGCGGCAUGAUCGCCGCCUUCUUCCUCCAGGACCACAACGAGAUGAAAGCCGCCAUCCGCCGCUAUGCUCUAAUUUUCUCCUCCCUCUCACUGGUUUCGAUCCUGGUCAAUCUGUUGCAGCACUACAGCUUCGCCUACAUGGGCGAGCGAUUGACGAAGCGUGUUCGGAUCCGGGCGCUGGAAAAGAUCCUAACUUUCGAGGUGGCGUGGUUCGACGACGACGCGCACUCCAGCGGCGCGCUGUGCUCGCGGCUGAGCAACGAGGCGGCGCUGGUAAAGACGUUGGUCGCAGACCGCGUGUCCCUGCUGCUCCAGACCGCCUCCGGGGUGGUCGUCGCCAUGACCAUGGGGUUGAUCAUCGCCUGGAAGCUCGCCCUGGUCAUGAUCGCGAUCCAGCCGUCGACGAUGAUCUGCCACUACGCCAAGAAGGUGGUGCUGUCGCGGGUAUCGGUGGCGCUAGCGAAGGCGCAACACAGCAGCACGCAGAUCGCCGUCGAGGCCGUGUACAACCACCGGAUGGUGACUUCCUUCGGGUGCGCCGACAAGGUGCUGGAGCUGUUCACAGAGGCGCAAGAGGAGCCGGUGAGGGCGUCGAGGAAGAAGGCGUGGGUGGCGGGCCUGGCGACAGGAAGCUCGCCCUGCCUGUCGUUUUUGGCGUGGGCGUUGGACUUCUGGUACGGAGGUAGAUUGGCGCAGUCCGGCGAGAUAUCCGCCGGAGACGUGUUCAAGACCUUCUUCAUUUUGGUUAGCACGGGGAAGAUGAUCGCCGAGGCCGGCAGCAUGACUUCCGACCUGGCCAAGGGCGCCACCGCUGUGGCGUCGGUGUUCGAGGUGUUGGACCGGCAGUCCUUCAUACCAGCUUCUUCCUCCUCCUCCGCUUCUUCUAAUGGCGAGAGUAAGAAGAUACACGGGAAGAUCGAGAUCCGGAAGGUCGACUUCGCGUACCCAGCGCGGCCGCAGUGCCCGGUGCUGCGUGGCUUCAGCUUGGAGGUGAAGGCCGGGACGAGCAUGGCCUUGGUCGGCCGGAGCGGCUGUGGCAAGUCCACCGUCGUCAGCCUGAUCCAGCGCUUCUACGACGUCGACCGCGGCGUCGUCCGCAUCGACAACACCGACGUCCGGGAGCUCGACCUGAUCUGGUUCCGCGGCUUCACCGCCCUGGUCAGCCAAGACCCGGUCCUCUUCUCCGGCACCGUCCGCGACAACAUCGCCCUGGGCAAACCCAACUCCACCGAGGACGAGAUCGUCGAAGCCGCACGAGCCGCCAAUGCCCAUGACUUCAUCUCAUCGCUCAAGGAUGGAUACGGAACCAACUGCGGGGAGCGGGGGGUGCAGCUGUCGGGAGGGCAGAAGCAGAGGAUCUCGAUCGCGAGGGCGAUCGUGCGGAACCCGACGAUCCUGCUGCUGGACGAGGCGACGAGCGCGCUGGACGUGGAGUCGGAGAGGGCGGUGCAGGAGGCGCUAGACCGGAUCAUGGUGGGGAGGACGACGGUGGUGGUGGCGCACCGCCUGAACACCAUCAAGAAUCUCGAUUCCAUCGCUUUUCUCGGCGAGGGGAAGGUGAUGGAGCGGGGGAGCUACGCGCAGCUGAUCGCCAAGAAGGGCGCCUUCUUCGACAUCGCCGCUCUAUCUGCCUGAUGAACGCCCCCCUGGAGGAGGGACGCCAAGAAUAGUAUGUAUACAUUUCCAUAGAUUCUGUGCAUGCGUGCGCAAGUAAAGCGAAUCUUUCGUAAUUAACUGCCUACGGACAAAACUCUUUAAAACAAAAUAAAAUAAAAUAAAAUAAAAAAUCCUUUUAAUGUUUUAGAAAACAA